AUGACAGUGGACUCCGACGUACUUGACCUACCUCCAGGAUAUGAAAUCCGAAAGCUCAACAAUGAGCACCUCAGCUGGGUCCAGGCUAUCGUCGCCCACACCAUGAGCUUCGACUCCGCUGUUUGGUCCAAGGUGGACUACCCUGGCGGCGCAACCCAGCGUGCCUACGACAUGUACCACGCCAUUCGACAAUCCUCGCUUCAAAGCAUUCAGUCCGGCCUGUCCUAUGGCGUGUUCUGCACGGAGUACAAGUGCAGAACUCCCGGCCUUGAAGGGACGCUAGACUGGGAUUUCAACGAUUUGUCGGCAGAUGACGAUGACCUUCUCGAGCAGAUGGACUUCCCCCUCGUAUCGAUUGCCAUGUCGAAAGAUGCUGCUGAGGACAAGCCUGUGCCAGAAACCGGGGUUAAGCCAUGGAGCGAGAUCGUGCCCGGCCACGCAAUCAUUAGCAACAGCCUCAAAGCUGGCGACAACCGUCCCCAAUCCGUCUGGUCACCAGAACACAUGGGAGAGGUGGUCCGGAGGAGUGGGACGCAUACCCGGGGCGACCACGCCGGCAAGGGCCUUUCCAAAGUCCUAGCCCAUCAUAUUAUGCGGGAGAUUCGGGAUCACGAGCAAGGAUACAAAGCCAUCCUUAUCCACACCGGAGGGGAGGCUGUCGACAAGGUUUGGCUGAGACCGCCGGCGCCGUUUAAGAGCGAGGAAAUCUGCCCGUUCUCUACUUCUGGGUAUCACAGGAAGGACGACCACAGUGACACGUCAUACAAUCCGUUCGGCAGUGCCAAAGUGGUGAGCAGGCGAAUCUGGGUCACCUGGCCCUUGAAGGAGGACAAAGAAGAGCUACCAGUCCUUAACCUGCGCAGGAGAAGUGCCGUUGUGAUAGCGGAUGUGAAGCCCAAGGAACUUGUUGAUGGCUCUUGA